AUGGCAAUACCGCGCAGUUACUUCCGUAGCCUAGUAGGAUUAGCACUUGAUUCACCAUCUAUCAUCCAUAAUGCUCCACGACAAAGGAAAGUGGCGUUAUCGACUUCAUGCAUAUUCCGCAGAUUGACACCAACAAGCGUCUCGUCGUCAAGAAGUUUCUCGACCACGCCGUUUGCGCUAGCUUCGAAGAGCAGUAGAUGGGUCAAGCGGCAGAGUAUUGAUUAUGCCUCUCGGGAAGCCAAGGUUUUACAAUAUAAAAGUCGGGCGGCGUUAAAAUUGCUUGAGGGCUUCGCACCAGGCUCCUGGUCUCAAGUAGCAGUUCACCAAACCCAUCCAAACGGACGAGUAGUCGGUAUCGACCUUCUGCCCGCCCAACCCCCCAAGGGUGUCUCAUCAAUUCAAGGCAACUUCCUCAGUCCAGGGAUCCAAGCUUCGAUCCGUAGAUACUUAUCCGACCCAAACCGUGGUCGUGCUCGUCUAUCCCAAAGCAUCGAAAAACCAAAAAUUCCAUAUUUAGAGCAAUACAUGCAAUCAACUACGACAACCGAACAAAGAGAAAUAAAAAUUAAAGCGCCGAUUUUACAACUAGAUGAUACGGCUUCAUCGGGUUACAUUGCUCAGGAGAGGCGGGAUAGUUUACACGAUGAAGAAGAGGAAGCACGGGCUGCUGCCGGGGCUGCUACUGGGGCAACAAGAAACAGAGGUCCUUCGAAGGUGAAGGAUAGGAGUAAAAUGACACAAGAGGAAAGGGAGAUGAAUACGGUGGACGUGGUGCUAUCAGAUAUGUGGGAACCCUGGCCCCUGACAUCAGGUUUUCAUAUGAAUACCGUAAUAACGCCGUGGGUGUUUUCGAAAAGGUUGAUGAAUACUAGUGGCGUUGCGGUUAGGGAUCAUGCUGGGAGUAUGGAACUAUGCACCGCCGCAUUAACAUUCUGUGUCGACGUUCUCAAGCCCGGGGGAAGUUUUGUGUGUAAGUUUUAUCAAGGUGAGGACGAUGGUAGGUUAGAGCAAAUGCUCGAAAGAGUGUUCAACAAGAUUACAAGAAUGAAGCCAGAUGCUUCGAGACCGGAGUCUAAGGAGUGCUAUUUCGUGGCAACCAAAAAAAAGGCCGGGGUCACAAGGGAAGAUAUUGGAGUCCCAGGAUUGAACGCCUAG